CACACAGCAACCAUGAGGUCUCUGGUCUUCGUUCUGCUCAUUGGAGCUGCUUUUGCCACGGAGGAAGACAAGAUCGUCGGAGGGCAUGAGUGCACGCCUCAUUCUCUGGCCUACCAGGUGUCUCUGAAUUCUGGCUACCACUUCUGUGGAGGCUCCCUGGUCAACGAGAACUGGGUUGUGUCUGCUGCUCACUGCUACAAGUCCCGUAUUGAGGUGCGUCUGGGCGAGCACAACAUCAGGGUCAGUGAGGGAACUGAGCAGUUCAUCAUCUCCUCCCGUGUCAUCCGCAACCCCAAAUACAACCCCUACACCAUCGACAAUGACAUCAUGCUGAUCAAGCUGAGCAAGCCCGCCGUCCUCGACCAGUACGUGCAGCCUGUGCCUCUGCCCACCAGCUGUGCCCCUGCUGGCACCAUGUGCACAGUCUCUGGCUGGGGCAACACCAUGAGCUCCACUGCUGACAGGAACAAGCUGCAGUGCCUGGAGAUCCCCAUUCUGUCUGCUCAGGACUGUGAUAACGCCUACCCUGGCAUGAUCAGUAAUUCCAUGUUCUGCGCUGGAUACCUGGAGGGCGGCAAGGACUCUUGCCAGGGUGACUCUGGUGGCCCCGUCUUGUGCAACGGUGAGCUGCAGGGUGUCGUGUCCUGGGGCUACGGAUGUGCUGAGAAGGACCACCCUGGUGUCUACACCAAGGUCUGCAUCUUCAAUGAAUGGCUGGAGACGACCAUGGCCAGCUAUUAA